UCUAGGAGUUGAUUCCCUUAGGGAAAGUUAAUAAGAAUUAAAACUUAGUUAAAUAAAUUUUCACGUAAGUUAAUGUAUAUCUAUAAAAUUCAUACAUUUAGAUGACCUUUUAAAUAGUGGAUUUGAAAAUUAAUUAUUUUUAAUGAUGUAAUAAUACGAAUAUCUUAUAAUCUAUAAGAGUGAUAUGACAAGCUCUCAAAUGGACUUCUUCUUGUUUAAGAGAGUUGACCAAAAAUUUUGCAUUAAUUGUAAAAUUAUUUUAGAAGAGAGUUUAACAACACAAUAUAGGAUGCUCGUCAUGGAUUUUCGCGUUGAACAAAAAUUGAGGAAAAGACAUCAUACGUAGAACCCAAGGACAAGGUGGUGGCGGAUGAAAGAUGAAGAACAAAGAAGUUUUCUAAGACGGAUAGGAGAAGAGAGAAUGUGAGAAAGGGAUGGAAGCGUGGAGGAGAUGUGGAGGGAGAUGGCAGAAGUUAUUAAAAAAAGAGUGAAUACCCCACCCGACUCCUGAUAAUUAUCUCGAAAGGACGAGGCCCCUAAGAAAAAAAAACACCCAACCCAGCCCUUGAUAUUUUUUUUAAGGACUGAUUAGCCUUUGUGCCAAAAAAAACAUGGACUUUUUUUUGACACAGGGGCUAAUCCGUCCCAUAAAAGUAAAGUUCAGGGGUCAGGUUGGUAUUUGGAUUUUUUCUCUUAAAAGAACAACAAAAGAAAAUUUUGGUGAAUCUAGAGGGAUAGGCCCAAGAGACAAGAAAUCCUAGUGGUGGAAUGCGAGUGUACUAGAAAAGAUAAAGACAAAAAGAGAGUGCUUUAAAGAGUGGUCUUUGUACCACAAUGCAGAUAAUUGAGAAAAAUAUAAGGUGGCUAAGAAAGAGACAAAAGUAGCUGUAACUAAAGCAAAAACAAGAGCAUAUGAGGGUUUCUACCAGUCUUUAGGCACGAAGGAAGGAGAAAAAGGUAUAUAUAGAAUCGCAAAGAGCUGUGAAAGAAGAACGAGAGACUUUGAUCAAGUUAAGUGUAUAAAGGAUAAAGACAGAAAGGUUUUAGUUCAAGAUGAGAAAAUCAUUGAAAUGUGGAAGAGCUACUUUUACGAGUUAUUUAAUGAAUGACAAAAGACUCUUCUGAACCUUGGUCGGUUAUGCACGAGGGAAGAAUAUCAAAACGUCAACUACUAUUGAAGGAUUCUAGACUGAGGUAAAAGAUGCUCUAAAACAGAUGAAAAAUAACAGGCAGUAGGACCCGAUAAUAUUUCGAUGGAAGUUUGGAAGGGCCUUGGAGAGAAAGGCAUCAAUUAGUUAACCAAGUUUUUUAAUGAGAUUUUAAGGUCAAAGAAGAUGCCAGAUGAGUGGAGAAAGAGCACCUGAUAACUAUCUACAAGAAUAAGGAGGAUAUACAAAGUUACGAAAACUAUAGAGGAUUCAAGCUCAUGAGCCAUACCAUGAAGUUAUGGGAAAAUGUAAUAGAACAGAGGCUAAGACAAGAGACACAAGUAACAGAGAACUAAUUUGGUUUUAUCUCAGGCAGAUCCACUACUGAAGCUACAUACAUGUUAAGAAGGAUGAUGGAGAGGUAUCGUAGUAAUAAAAGGGAUUUACAUAUGGUGUUUAUUGAUUUGGAAAAAACGUACGAUAGGGUGUCAAAGGAGGUCUUUUGGAAGGUUUUGGAAAGGACGAGAGUAAGAAUAGCAUGUAUUCGUGCAUUUAAAGACAUGUAUGAUGGGGCUACAACUAGUGUGAAGACUCAAGGUGGUGUGACAGAGAAAUUUCUUAUUGGUAUAUGAUUACAACAGAGAUCAUCCUUACGUCCAUACAUUUUCACAUUAGUCUUGGAAGUACUCACAGAGCAUAUCCAAGAGCCUGUGUCAUGGUGCAUACUUUUUGCUGAUGAUAUCGUUCUUAUAAGAGAGUCAAGGAAAGACCUAAAUAAGAAGUUGAAUUUAUGGAGAGAAGCUCUAGAGGUAUAUGGUCUGCGCAUAAGCCGUAGCAAGACGGAAUAUAUGGAAUGUAAGUUCGGCCGCCGAAGGAAAAAUCUUAAUACAAAGGUGAAGAUUGAGGAAAACAUUCUACGAAAAGUUAAAAGUUUUAAGUAUCUUAGGUGCAUCAUACAAGAUAAUGGAUAGUUGAAUAUGAUAUAAAUCAUAGGAUCCAAGUAGGUUGGUCAAAAUGAUUGAGUACGUCUAGUUUUAUAUGUAACAAAAGAGUGUCUUUAAAACUUAAAAGUAAAUUCUAUCGCACUGUUAUCAAACCGGCUAUGUUUUAUGGUACAGAGUGUUGGACUGCCAAAGGUGAGCACGAACAUAAGUUAAAUAUGGAAGAGAUGAAUAUUGAGAUGGAUGAAUUGUCAUACGUGAUUAGAUAGAAUAAGGAAUAGAGAUAUAAGAGAGAGAGUUGGAGUAACACCUAUUGUGGAAAAGAUGGUAGAAUCACAUUUUAGGUGAUUUGGACAUGUGAAAAGAAGAUUGACAGAGCACCCAGUCAGGAGAGUGAAUGAGAUAGAAGAUGGAUAAGGGGUGAAAGGCAAAAGAAGUCUUAGGAAUAUCAUUCAUGAGGUGGUCAAACGAGAUCUAUAUGUAAACGGUAGUUCUGUAAACAUAAUAUAUGAUAGAGCUUAAUGAUGUCAUUUGAUCCACGUAGUCGACCCCACCUAGUGGGAUAAGGCUUUGUUAAUGUUGUUGUUAAUGAUAUAAUAAUAUACGAUUGAAUAUCCAUGUAAAAUUAUUUCAUAAAUUCAUAAAUAAAGCAUAAGUACUUCUAUGACAACUUGCUAGACAUUUUAUAGGACAUAUAUGGCAUUGUUAGUGCUAGCACGUUUGAAAUUUGGCACGUGAUAUAGGUUAAUGUUGAAACUUGUUUCAUAAUGUCGUGCAUACAAUCAUUAUACAAAAAAACAUGUGGUAUUAAGGAGUAAUUGGCCAACAUGUCAUUAUUAUCAUCAUCAUCAUCAUUUCAGAAUCAAUUAAUUUAUAUUAGAGAUAGAACAUGGUCAGCACGAUCAAGAUGUGGAUGGACAUAUAAAUAAACCAAGAAAUAUGAACUCAAAUUGCAAAGAAAUCCGAAGUUGAUGUCCCUAUGACAAUAAUGGACAGCCCCAAAAUCCUAGUCAAGAAGAGCUCACAAAAAGAAAAGCAUACUGUGGUGGAUCCAAUGACACUUGAAGAUUCUUCUUUCAAUCAUGGAUUCUUUGAGACUUCUCUUCCAAUUUUUAGCACAACUAUGGCAUUUCUACCACUACGACCUCUGAAACCGAAAUUCUUGAGUCAUAGUCUUCCAAAUUCGGCUAACUCAUCGCCAGGAUUAACCUCGGCUAUGUUCAAGAAGAAUACAAAAGUUGGGAUUUGGGAAUCACGACAUCAAGCUAGUAACUUGACAUUCAAGGAUCAUCAUCUGCAACAAGAGAUCAACUUAAGAAGAAGCAAGUCAUGGAGUGAACGAUGGGAUUAUGAGCCCUCUGAUGAACUCGAUCUUUGGUUGCUCAAAUCGUCUAUUGCCAAACAUGCUAACAGGUCUCCUCUUAAUGAGAUCCAAUCCAUUAGUGCUGGUAUAAUCGUUUCUAACGAAUCUUGUGGUAGUUUCUCCAAAGAAAAACCUCUUGAUAGAAAUCUUUCCGGUGGCGACGGUUCGUUGGAACCUAAAGAGGGAUUCAAAUGCAAUGCUCUUUGCUUGCACUUGCUGAGUUUUGGAAAAUCAAAGCAACUUAAGGAAAGAAAGAAAGGGCAAGAAAUGGAAGGUGCAUUAGUAUCUAGAAGAGUCUCUUUGGAGAAGUUUGAAUGUGGUUCUUGGGCUUCUUCAACUCUAUUUCAUGAGAUUGAAGGAAGGGAUUCUAAGAGUACUAGUACCUACUUUGACCUACCAAUGGAAUUGAUCAAAUGGAAUGCCAAUGAUGUAGAUGCACCAAUUUCAUCAGCUUUUGUCUUUGAGAAGGACCAUGAUAGGGUUCUCAAUAAUGGAUCCUCUAGAACUAGCCUUGACUCUCAAGAAUCCUACAUUAGUCCUCGUUUAAGAAAAGCCAGAGAGGAUUUUAAUGCUUUUUUAGAAGCACAAAAUGUAUGAUCUUUUCUUUUGCAUAAUAAUGUGAAGUUAGACUGCGUUUAUUUAUAGAGACAGGACACUGAACAGAAACACAAA